AUGCUAACUGUGUUUGAAACGCUGUGGUAUGCAUGUCUGGCAUAUACAGGCUUCAUAUUAUAUCGAAGAUGGGUAGUAUACUCACGUACACGCCAUUUUAUAUUGGAGCAGCGUCGUAAAGCUGGUAUCCCAGAUUCGGAUCAUCGAUCCCUCCCUGAAGCAGCUGCCGAUGCAGCAGCUCGACGACAAAUUGACUAUGAAAAGCAACUCCAAUCUUCAGAUGACGUGUUCCGUCCGCAUGUGAGCCGCUCUAAGGCUUUGCACUCUGGAUUUGCUCCUAAGGCUGUAUUCCGGCCUAUUCCAGUGCCGGAUGUCGAGCAAGAGGCCAAGACUGCAAGGGCCCCACCACUGGAAGACCCAGAAACAUUUUACGGUCCAAGAGUAUCACGCCGCCUACAUUCUACGCCUAUAUUAGCUGCUAAGAAGCGUAUGGCAGAUGAGAUCUCUGAGGCACCUGAGGUGGAACAGCGCCGCUCCACUGUGCCACGUCGCGUACGCCGGAAAGUUUCUGUUGAAGCACCCGAUCUUCAUGAGGCAGAAGAAGCAGAGGCCAUGGACGAAGAAGUUGAAGAAAAUGCGUCUGAAGAGGAAAUCGAAUCUUCUAUGGAUGAGGAGGACAUUUCUUAUGAUGAUGAUUCAGAAGAUAUGGACGAAGAAGAAACUGGGCAGGUUGAGUCUCAGCCAGCUUCUACGUCGAUGAAACGUUCUGCUGACACAAGCGCAGACCAUGCUCCUGGUGAUGAGUGGACUGAUGCGAAUGGUCUUCGAUGGUGCAUUGGCGAUGAUGGUAUACCCCGUCGGGCCGUCAUGCUUAUCGAAAUGCGACCCAAAUACUCCAUGCCUAGGGACACUGUGCAUCCUGAUGCACAGCUCCGUGUACCUACGUACGUUGAACGAUUUCUGUCGCACGAAGAAUAUGAAGAGGCAAAGCGCAAAAAGCAACUAAGCUGGCAGCAUGAACUUUCACACGCGAAAGGAUCGUCUCCCUCGAGUUUCCAAAGCGAUGAUGUGGAAGACAGUCUAGCGAGCAUGGUUGCCCGCCGUUCUCGUGGACAAGCAUCUCGUAAGGGUGCGCAUGACUUGCUCUUUAGCGAUAUGAUGCGAUCUCGCCGUCCAAAUGCGUCCAGUGCCGACGAGUCCCCAUCCAACAUCUCUAUGAGUGAUGCCAGUUUUGAUGAUAGUGCAUCGUUCUCUUCCUCUUUCCGCGCGGAUCAAUCAGAUUUGUCCGGCCGUCUGCGUCUCUCCCGCUCGACUGCGUCGCCUAUGCGAAGAGAUGGAUUGCCUUCAAAGUCUCUUCCUCUGCUCCAACAGCGAUACACACGAAUGUAUGCCCCAUCUCCCCUAUCGUCACCGGCACGCAGGGCACUGGAUCCAGAGGCCAAGCGCAAGCGCGAAGAGCGUCUGAUGUCCAGGAUACGCGACGAGCGCGAAAAGUCGAGACGAUCCAAUCAGAAUUCGUAG